ACCUGCAGGUGGUUGGUGACAUGGCGACGACUCUACCACGCGCUCUCCUAACUCGUAUAGGCGAUGGCAAUGGCGAUGUCCAUCACUUUUUCCGCAAUCUCCAUACACUGGUUUUCGAGGAGGUUGACUUUGGGGUCCCUCGCUUCAGUCGGGGUGUUUUAUUGCACUAUCUAUUGAGCCAGCUAGAGACCGCCAUUCUGAGCCGGCGCUCAUAUGGCAUAAACUUAAAAAAGAUAGCCUUCAGGUGCUGUUCUGGCGUGGGCGAUCACAACCGUGAGCAGUGGGAGCACCUUGCCAAGAAGGUAGAGCUCCACCACAGCGGGGAGAAAUUCUCGGACACUGAUGAGGAUGACUAUCUCUCGGAGUCGGACAUAACACAAAUCGACGAGGACGAUGAAGGCUUAGACGAAUAGACUCAUAUCCUGGCGCGUAUGACUUAAUGGCUCGACUGCCGCAUACCUGCAAGAUCGACUGGAAGUAUCCACAUUCGAUCUGCUUCCACCACCUUGUCGAUGGGCCUACCAGCUCUGUUCAUUCUCGCUUUUCGGGACAUCGUUAUGCAAUUCUAUUGCUAUUGGCGAAACGGAUCUACUCAUCUCCUCUUUCUGUCCACGUGAUCGCCAUCUUCGCACAAAAUCCACAUAACGCUUGCAUCGCGUCGGCAAUAAAUUCUCGGGCGUCCCACACUUCCUACGCCAAUUGUAUACUCAAUGCUAGAUGUAACGACUGCAUCAAUAUAAAAUAAUGGAACAAGAGUCCUGGCAACGUAGCAAGGAGACAGUAGAACGCUGAGACCGAGACUCACGCAGUAAAGUGAGAACGAGGACGAAAAUUCAGC